AGUCCUCUGGGAUGCAACAGAAAAAUAUAAUUAAAGGUUCCCGGAAAUUCGCUGUUUUCGCUUAUUAAUGCAGCAUUAACUAAAAUUGGACAUAUGGGUAUGUUUUGUAAUGUUAAAAUGUAAAAUAUAAAGAGUAUGUAUGCAUAUUUCCCGGGUAAAAAAAAAAAACGCCAAUGCCAUAUUUGAAAGGGUCCAUGCUUGGCUGGACUCUGGGUUUAAGGAAGCUUGUCCGCCCGGUAGUCGGAGCGGAGGGGGACUCGACGGCGAGAGCUUCAGGCGGUGUUGUGAGCUGGUGACGGACACCGAAUGAUCUCCACGACGGCUUUCCUAACAUCUUGAAUCAACGACGAACAAACUCCUUCUGUAUCGGUCGUUUUGUGUCAUAUCCAGAUUUAACAAUGUGAUUGUGCUCGGAGGCAGCUGCACUCCAGUGGUCGAGGACCUCACCCUACUUCACUAGAAUGUACUUGAUGAAUGUACCACCUGUCGCAGCGACGCAAACAGAAUGGAGAACAUGUGGCCCACCUGGAGGCUAUAGCCUUCAGUGCUUCAAUGACUCUGACACCGAGUUGUCCACCAGAGGCACACCUAUCUCAGAUAAGGUCCGGAUGAUCAUAGAGAGCCUUAGGAGCACCCAGUCCUCCCUCGAGAUGGGCGACGAGAUCGAGGGAAAUGUGCUAUCAGGACAAGACGGUCAUCCCCAAGUCUGCAAGGUUGCAAUGGGUCCUUAUGUUGGAGCCAAGUCCAAAACUAAAGGUCCCACUGCAAACCAGCAAGCAGAUGUUUCCUCCCCAGUCAACCACGAGAGCACUGACUCCGACAGUGAUGAUUCCGUGGACAGAGGGAUUGAGGAGGCAAUACUGGAGUACCUGAAGGAAAAGGAUGAUCACAAACGCAAGGCAGAACCAUGCUCCACAUUUCUCCAAUCAUCCAAAAUUCAGAGAAAAAAUCCGCCUAUUCCCGAGGUUUCUAAACAGAACUCUGACAGCAAUACAUUUUUGAUUGCAAGCAACCAGCAUCCAACAUGUGUCAAAGAAACCCAGACCACACCAGCUGUUAUACCUAUAAAAAAGUUUAUCAAAAACAAGGCCUCCCUUCACGACAGCAUGGUCAAGAAAUUGGAUUCUAAUAAAAGUACAACAACCAAAACUUUAGUCCCUCUCAAAGAGCAGACAAAGAGCCCAUCUAAAACGAUCAGCAUAUUCAACAAAGUGAAGUGCCCGGUCACAGUGAAGGUGGAGGAAGACUCAAAUGACUCCAGUAGUGAUGAUGGUAUCGAGGAGGCCAUUCAAAGAUACCAGCUAGAGAAAAAGGAGCAGCAGAACACAAGGGAGACUUUCAAUCCACAUGCAUUCAAAGAAGAGGAGUCUGACUCCACUAGUGAUGACGGGAUAGAGGAAGCUAUUCGCUGCUACCAGCUUGAGCAACUUAAGGAGAAGAGUGUCCUGAAACCAUUCUUACACAAACAAAAACCCUUCAGUAAGACAUUAAUGCAUGCUGUUGGAAGUACAAGCACGGAAAACAUGAAGAAAAACAAAUUGAGAAAGAAAAAGACCAGAACAGAGAAAGAAACGAAAUCUGUUCCUCUUUCAUCUGCUUUCAUACCCAAGAAUUCACUGUCCGAGAGCCGUAAAGGAAAUGGAUUGCUUUCGUUUAAAGUAGAAGGUUUUAAGGAUCAACCCACACCUGCUCCCCCAAAGGUUAACACAACUGCAGAGCUCAUGUGUGCUGAGGCAAUACUGGACAUUUCAAAAACUGUUAUGCCCGGGGCCUUCCCUCAUAGUGUUGGCCUUACCAGUUGUGCCCCUGCCGAAUCUUCCGUGCAGUCUUCACUUCCUGACGCUUGUCCAGAUGAAGAGAGUGAUAACAGCUCCAUUGAUAGUGAAGAUGGGAUUGAGCAAGAAAUUAGGAAAUUUCUUGAGCAGAAGGCCCAAAUGCACAAACAGCCCCCUGGCUCUGCUGUAACUCAAGAGCCUCAAAGUAUGAAUGAACCAGAGAAAGUGAAAGCAAAACAAGUCGCAACUCAAAAGAAACCGUCAAGAAUGUCGCUGACGCAGAGAAGAAAACACAAGGAGGAAAACUGUAGCAUUCCCAACAUGUCAGGGAUGGAUAACAAUGUUAAAGUAACAGCCCCUAAAUCUUCACCUGAGCAUAGAAAAGAUUUGAGCCCACUGGUGUUUUCCCACAGAAGUCAAACACACCCAAUAGCUGGGAUACACAAGACAGAGCAAAGUGGAGACAAGAGUAGCUCACUUGACAGUGAUGAGGACCUGGACACCGCUAUAAAAGACCUGCUCAAGACAAAAAAGAAAUCAAAGAAAAAGACAAGAGACUUAAAGCGGAAAUCAAGGAAGUGCCUCAAGGAUGAAGAGCCACUGCAAAGAAAUGCUUUCCAGGCCAAAAAGUUAAAACCUGAACCUUUCUCCAAGCGCAGUGCUUUGAAAAAAGUACAGAAGAGUAAAGACGAUGUGAACGACAAGAUUGGACAGAGUAAUAAGAACAUUUCCCAACAUAAACAAACUGAUGAAAGUAAAGAGCAUGACAUGCAUGGAGGUGAAACGGAGAUAUUGAAAGGGAAUGACGGACGAGACUCCAUGUUGCCUCACAAUACUCAGACUGCUCUUCAGAUAAAGGAUGAUAGUAGCUCAGUAGACAGCGACGACAGCAUUGAGCAAGAGAUCAGAAGGUUUCUGGCUGAAAAGGCCAAAGUUUCAACUGCGGUGAAAAGUAAAGACGGAGAUGUAUCGAGGAAUGGUACUGUUAUGGUUUGUACCCGGAUUCAAGAUGAAGACAUUAAACAGGAAAAUCAGCUGGCUGAAAUUCCAAGAAAAACUAUCACCACCUCUUGCCCUGGACAACCUCCUCUGAGCAGUCCACCUCAAGAUAGACCUAUUCCAACGCCACAGAGUUUCUCUUCUGUCGGUGCACAAUCACGUCUGUCCUCGGUCCAGUCCUGCAGCCCUGGUCUUUUGGAGCCGGCAGACGGGGCAGGGGCUGCUAGAACCGAGCAAAGGAGGCCUGGCAUGGGGAGAGGUAACGUCCAGGAGGUAACCUCACAGCUGGAGAGAGUUCGACCAGUUUUGAGUCCCAGCCUUGCUCAUUCUCGUUCUGAGUCAAUCAAGUGGCGCCAGAGCCUGGGACUCCCCAUCACUGACACGAGGACUCUCAGUCGAACACAAUUCCAUAUCACCUCAUCUAAAAUCAAUGAGAGUGCAUCAGCAACUCUACCAUAUCAAAGCGGGGACAUCAACCUCAAAUCACAGACUCCAGUCGCAGUUUGGUCCUCUUCAAAGACCAGUGGAGCGCCCUUCCCCUGGUCUCCGGAGACAUCUGUAAAUAACACGUUCACAUCCCCUGGUUUGAAUCUUUUGUCUACUGCCAGGCAGCAUCCGAGGAUGUCCUUUACACGGAGCCAGCCGCUUGGCCACAGGUCACAGUGUCCCAUAGAAGGAGAGACAGAGAGUAUGGUGCAUAUGUCUAAAGACAAGAGUGUGUUUGUCGAACUGGAAUCUAACAGGACCAACCAUGUCCAGGUUCGAAGCAGGGAAAGGAGCGAGGGAAAGGAGAGAGUGGACUUGCUAAUUGAGAAAAAAAGAGAAGGCGAGAGCGUGAAGAUAGAUGAUAAAGAAGUACAUCUAGAAAGAGCAGAGGAAGAAUUUGUAGAUGAGGCAGAUUGUGAGUCAGGCAACAGGAGAAAUCCAGAGAAGAAGCAGGGCUUUUCCACAUUGUCUUUGUCCACUGCCAUUGACCCUGGCAUCACCUUCAGCCCUUGCAUAGCUCUUACCACAGAGGAGAGAAGCAGGAUGUUCAACAGGAGGUGCCUGGCUGAAAAAAGCAAGAAGGUGUCCAGAUCCAGAGAGUGUGAAAUAUGUAUUACACAAUGCUUGCAGGGGAAAACUUCUCUCAGUGUUUGUGUGCAGAAGAAGACUGUGCAACAUGUCAAAAGAAAGCUUCAGUUUGUUCCAGUGUACAGGAGAAAUGAAGCACCCAGCCAGCACAGCAAAACAAGAUAAAACAUCAUUAUGAAAGUUAAACAUGCAUGUAGAUGUUUGAUAUUACAGUAUGUGGGUUGUUAAAUAACUCCUCUGAACUUUAUUUAGCCUUCAUUUAUAUAAUGUUUCAUGUUAGUUUUGAUGUUGCAGUCUAAUGGAAAUUUAAAAUUUUGUAUAACAUUUCUGGUUAAAAAAAAAAUGAACAAAACACCAUUACAAAUUGGUGCCCUAUUUUGUAAUGUUAUAAGUUAUAUAUUAAGUAGAUUCUCCAAAUAACAUAACAAAACGUGGAAGAAAGUUUAAGUUCACAUGUUUGUUUAUGUAACCAGUUGAGAGCAUUUCUUCUUUUUUGCAGUUUUGGAAAGAAUAAAUCCUAAACCACAGGAA